AUGGGGGCAUCUAAAGCCCUUCAUCUCCGUCUCCCCAAUGGCGUUUAUGUUCCCUCCCUCGCCUUCUUUAACCCUCAAACCGAAGAUGUUGACGCCGCGACACUUGAGCGCCAUCUGAUCCGCCUCGUCAAUGCUGGUGUUGCCGGGAUUGUCGUCCACGGCUCUAACGGAGAGGCUGUGCACCUUUCUCACUCGGAGCGUUCGGCUAUGAUCCGCAUCGCCCGGGAUGCCAUCCUCCACGAGGGCAGCGACUCUCGCAUCCCCUUGAUCGCCGGCUGCGGCGCGCAUUCUACUAGGGAAGCCCUUCAGCUCUGCGUGGAUGCUGCUAAGGCCGGCGCCAGCCAUGCCUUGGUUAUUCAACACUUUUACGACGUGGCCGACCGCAGCCCCAUCCCCCUUCUCGUGUACAACUUCCCGGCCGCGGCCUCCGGCCGUGACCUCAGCUCCGACGUCAUUCUGAGCAUUGCUAAGCACCCGAAUGUCGUGGGUGUCAAGCUUACGUGUGGCAACACAGGAAAGCUCGCCAGGAUAGCCGCUGAUGCCCCUGACGGCUUCUUCGUUUCCGGAGGCAGCGCGGACUUCAUCCUCCAAGGGCAAGUUGUCGGUGCUCACGGAACCAUCUCUGGCUUGGCCAACAUUGCUCCUCGAUGCUGCGUGCGUAUCAUGCAACUGUUUGAGCAAGGGCGACUACGGGAGGCCCGUGAGCUGCAGGCACUCGUGGCCAAGGCUGACUGGGUAGCCAUCCAGACUGGAUUUGUCGGUGUCAAGGCUGCCAUGGUCCACUUCUCCCAGUAUGGAGGUGUCCCCAGGAAGCCUUGCGUUGAACCUACCGAAGAGGGAAUGAAGCGCAUCUCCUCGGGCUUUGAAGAAAUUAUCAACCUCGAGCGCUCUUUCGAAGAGGCUGACGUCGCUGGGUCGCACUAA